GGGGUGGGGGCGGAGAAGGCUUAAAUCCGAGCAGAACGUAAACACAGCAGCAGGCGCUCACAGCCCAGUGACGUUUGGGAGACAACAGCAGCAAAAGGAAAACGGCUUUCGGCUGCUUUUUCCACAUUUUCUGCCCCCGAAUCCAGGCAUUGCUCUCCGACUUCAGCUACAGUGAUAGCUAAGUUUGGAGAGGAGAAAAACGAGAGAAAGAGACGCUGCCUGCAAUUUUUUGGUUGCUCAUUUUCCGUCUCAAUUGUUCCCGAGCUCAGUAAGGCGAGGAAAAAAAAAAGGUUCUAGCGCUUCGUUCCAAACCUCUUUUUAAACAUGGAAAAUUCCCGAGCCAAAAAGACAUGCUGCGAAUCCGUUCAAGAUUUCUUCACUUCAGCAAAAUUCCUCAUCUAUUUGGGACAUGCACUGUCCACUUGGGGUGACCGAAUGUGGAACUUUGCCGUGGCCGUGUUCCUGGUGGAGCUGUACGGGAACAGCUUGCUGCUCACGGCCGUGUACGGGUUGGUGGUGGCCGGCUCCGUGCUGCUGCUCGGGGCCAUCAUUGGCGACUGGGUGGACAGGAAUCCCAGACUCAAAGUGGCCCAGAUGUCUUUGAUCGUCCAGAACAGUUGCGUGAUACUGUGCGGGAUUAUCCUCAUGGUGGUUUUCCGAUUCAAAGAGCAACUCGUGGAGGCCUACAACGGGUGGCUGCUGACCACCUGCUACAUUCUGGUGAUCAGCAUCGCCAACAUGGCCAACCUGGCCAGUACGGCCAUGUCCAUCACCAUCCAGCGCGACUGGGUGGUGGUGGUGGCAGGCCAGGACAGCAGCAAGUUGGCAGAUAUGAAUGCGACGGUGCGGAUUAUCGAUCAGCUGACCAACAUCCUGGCCCCCAUGCUGGUGGGCCAGAUCAUGGCCUUCGGCUCGCACUUCAUCGGCUGCGGCUUCAUCUCGGGCUGGAACCUCUUCUCCAUGUUUCUGGAGUACACGCUGCUGUGGAAGGUCUACCAGAAGACGCCGGCGCUGGCCGUCAAAGGCGGGCAGAAGGCGGAGAACCAGCAGGAGCUCAAACAACUCAGCCCUGUCAAAGAAUCGGAGACAGGCCAAAGCCCUGAGGAGUCCUCUCAACCGCUGAUGAACGCCAACGUAGCGGCGGUCAAGAACGUGGCCCCCAAAGAACGAGGCUGCUGCCAGCAGGUGACGGAACCCCUGCGCACCUUCAAGGCCGGCUGGAAGGCGUACUACAACCAGAGCAUCUUCUUCGCCGGCAUGUCCCUGGCCUUCCUCUACAUGACGGUGCUGGGAUUCGACUGCAUCACCACCGGCUACGCCUACACGCAGGGCCUCAACGGCUCGGUCCUCAGCCUCCUGAUGGGCGCUUCGGCCGUGUCGGGCAUCUGCGGCACGGUGGCCUUCACGUGGGUCCGAAAGAAGUGCGGCCUGGUCCGGACGGGCUUCAUCUCCGGCGUGGCGCAGCUCUCUUGCCUCAUGCUGUGCGUCUUCUCCGUCUUUGCUCCCGGGAGCCCCUUGGAUCUCAGCGUUUCCCCCUUCCAAGACGUCUACUCCCACCUGGUCGGGGAGAAGACGCUGCCUGAGGCCGAGCAGCUGGUGAUCGCCCUUACCGGCGGGAACGUGACUGCCACCGGUGCGCCGAGCCAAGAGCUACCGAGCGUCAAGUCCUACAUGUCUGUUAGUUUGCUGUUUGCUGGCGUCAUUGCUGCAAGGGUCGGCCUGUGGUCCUUUGACCUGACGGUGACUCAGCUGAUCCAGGAGAAUGUCAUCGAAUCAGAGCGAGGCGUGAUCAACGGCGUCCAGAACUCCAUGAAUUACCUCUUGGACCUGCUGCACUUCAUCAUGGUGAUCCUGGCGCCCAACCCGGAGGCCUUCGGCUUGCUGGUCAUCAUCUCGGUGUCCUUCGUGGCGGCGGGCCACGCCAUGUACUUCUACUUUGCCUUCAAGAGUCUCGGCCGUCGUCUGUUCCUGUGCUGCUCGCCGGAGCCGAAUGUCGAGACGGACGACAGCCCCUCGCCUACCGACGUCGCCGUCUAACUGCCUUUCGCACAGGCCAUGCUUGUGCUUGCUAUACCCGGCUUAGCUUGGUGUGAGCACAAUCCAAACAGACGUGGCCUACUCCAGCGUUACUAACGUCUUCUUCACAUGUAGCCGGUCCAAGUGUGAAAGCUUGCCAACGUAGCUGCGUACUAAUCUCCAGCAGGGGUUUGGUUCUCCCUCCUAACACGCAAAGCAAUGUAGUGAUGGCACGGGUGCCUCCCGCAAGUGUCGUUUUUCAGUUACCGUCCUGUGCGUAGGUAGACGUGAUGCGUUUCAUUUUUUUUUUCUUUUCAUGACUUUAACCAAACAAACACCUAAAUCUCGUCUUUUAAAUACGGUGGAAUUAUUCAGGUAAAGGUGUCAGCAGUUAGGUACUUAGCCGGGAAGGGGGAAAAAAAAAUCAGUCUAUGCAGCCGCAUGGAUCGCUCUCAGUUACCAAAGUCCACUUUCGUACGUGCGGUGCGAAAGGAAGAGGCGAGGGAAAUCCACUUACGUGUCUUGAAGCAUUCCGAAAAGCUAUUUUGUAUCAGGUGACAAAAAAAUGGUGGAUAUCCUACUGUAAUUUCCGUGUACUUGUUAUUCUUACGACCGACCACCCCCGUUGUGAUUUGUUGCUGUUCUUUUCUAACUCACCCCCUGAUGACUUGUGAUUGUCCUCCCGGCAGUUUACGUGAUUGACAUCAGUUGGUCGGACGUUUUGCUUUUGCACUCGUUUGGGGUGUGGCUGGAAAAAGUGCAGAACUAUGUUGGCCAAGAGUCCCUCAAGGAGGUGGGAGGUCUGAAUGUAGGUCAGGUUUAGCUUGGCGAGCUGCAGUUUUGCGGGGGCUACCUCAAAACCUCUUUGUAGACUUUCAACAGCUUGAUUGAGGAAAUGGUCAAAGCAUCUCAGCAAGAUAAAGAACCACUUAUUGGACGGUAGCUUUGACAGCCACUCAACACAAAACGUUUGGUCAGCCAGGAAAAAGAAGUUGGGCGCCGCUAGCGCCACAUGCAGUAGAAAGUAAGGGCAAUUUUCAAAGAGCUUGCGCAACAAAGUGCAAAGUUGCUUUAAGAACGCGGCUCGGCUUUACAGUUGUUCACCGGACUUUUAUUGCAACUUUCCAAGAGCUCUUCAGGAAUAAUUACAAGAGGCCAUGAGCAUAUUUUCUAUGUGGGUAACAUUAUAAUGUCAGUCGGAAUCAAUAUCCAAUUGCAAAAAAAUAUGUCAUUGUGGGGUUUUCAAUGUUUUUAUAUUAGUUUUUAAUUGAAUAUUUUUGUGAUUUCAGUUAAAUGCAUGAACCUGACACCGUUUUGACAUCAUGUGUGUUUCAUUGAAUCGUAGUGUUGUUGUUUUUUUAAUGAAUCACUCCAUAGACUAAAAGGAGGGAACUGUUUGAGAUGCAAGAGGCAUCUAAAAUAAAGGACCUUCAGUUCUC